AUGUCUGGAUACGACCGUGACGUUGUCGUUGACUGUCUCAAGAGGCACUACGAGCUGUUGGUGCGCAUGGGUUACAUGGAGCCCGAGGCCGUCGAGCUCCCGCCCGCCGGUGGCUGGACCGACGCCGAGCUCCGCGUCGACGCCCUCCGGGCCAUGGGCCGGUCCGAGGCCGUCAUUGACUUGCUGCGGCACAUCCCCUACGUCCACGAGAACGAGGACGCCGACCCCGUCGAGAUCUACACCGAGACUUUCCCGCUCCGGUACCUGCGCAGCGGGCAGUGGUUCGGCGGCAAUCCUGGCGAGGACCUUGCCACUACGCCCCUCCUCGACCUCGGUUUCGCCCCGUUCGACGGGCCCGUGCCGGCCGACAUGGUGUCGUUGACGCACGCCGACGAAGGCACCUGGUGGCUGGUCGACACCAAGGAAGGAUGCAUCUAUCCGUACGGCACCGAGUUCGACAAGAGCGCAGACGAGGUCCCCCACGACCAGCAAUGGCGCGCGGUCGACCCGGUGCCCAUCCAGGCUUACUUUGACAACAUCUAUGCCCAGAUCGGCAACUUGGAGGUCGUGCCGGCGCCCCGCUCUGGCAAGUGGGAGGCCAGAGUCGUGGAGGAGUACACCGAAGAGGGCCAGGUGAGCUGCCCGUCCCCAUCUUCGCGUGACCAUGUCAAACCUGUAGGAAUCUUUUAA